UUCGAUUGACAUUUUUAUUCAAUGAAUCUGAUUUCGUAAUAUAAACCAAAGGUUUUAAGAUUUUUGUACAAUAAGAUAAAACGAAGCGUAAAUUACAUCUGCUAACGGAAACUAAAGAGGUGAAAACGUCGUAACCAGAAAUCAUGCAUUCUGAUGAAUUAAAAGAACUAAAUGAAGAUCAUCCUAAGUUGAGUGUAAAAGAAAAAAGAAAGAAUAUUGCUCGACACCUUUGGGAGGAUUUUUUGGGAAAUUCAACAUUGCACGGCCUUCAUUAUAUAUUUGAAAAACGUCCAGGAUUACAACGUUUUAUUUGGCUUAUUCUGCAAGCUUGUAUGCUUUCUUUGCUAAUAUGGCAAACUUCAACAAUUGCUCUGAAAUAUUUGGAAUUUGAUGUGACCAGUUCCAUUGAAUUGGUAACUGAAGAAGAAGUAAAAUUUCCAGCCGUUACAUUUUGUAACUUCAACAAAUACAGAAAAAGUUUUAUUAAAGACACAGACUUUUUCAAAGUAAUUGAAAAAGUAUACCGUUUUUAUGAAAACGAAAACAACAGUGUCGAUUGGACAAAAUACCCCAAAAUCAAUGAUUUGAAUAUGACAGCAUUCAUUUAUAAUGUAAGCCAUCAAAUGGACUAUGACGAUAAAACUAAGAAAGGAAUGCUUUAUUUUUGCACAUGGAAAAAAGAAAUAUGCGAUAAAACAUAUUUUAAACGGACGUUGACGGACAUGGGUCUUUGUCACACGUUUACUCCAGAUAAAAGCAACAACAGUAAAGUACCUGCUCCAGGCAAACGUUAUGGACUAUAUCUCAGGAUAUCAGUAGAACAAUCAGAAUACAUUGGAUUUCUCGAGUUAUCUGCUGGAUUAAAAAUUAGAAUACAUGAUCCAGAUGAACUUCCUCUGGUUUCAGGAUUAGGUUUUGCAGUAAUGCCAGGAUCUCAUGUUUAUGCAAGUAUUACACGACAAAGGACAAUUUCGUUAAAGUCUCCUUAUAAAACAAUGUGCGAAGAUAAGAAACUUCCAGGAGUGAAAAAAUAUACUAUUGCUGCUUGUUAUGAAGUUUGUAAACAGAACUACAUAGCAAAAUCAUGCAAGUGUCAACCAUAUUAUAUGAGAGAUAUAAAGUACAAGUCAUGUAACGUUAAAGAGUAUAUAAACUGUGUGUUUCCCUUGGAAGAAAUACAUUCCAUUUCGUUGGACUAUAAAUGUGAAUGUUCCGAAUCAUGUGACUCAAUGAAAUAUGACCCGUAUCUUUCCUAUGGCUCCUUUCCCAAUUUUGCGUCAGCAGCACUUUAUUCAACUUCCGAAAAUACAACAUUAGAAACUUUCAGGAGAAAUUUGCUUGCCAUAGAUAUCUUCUACGAAGAUCUGAAUUACAAAGUUCUCAGACAAGAUCCGGCAUAUACCUUACAAAGUUUACUUGGUGAAAUUGGUGGCUUAAUGGGUUUGUUUCUUGGUGCAAGUAUUCUGACAAUGAUGGAGUUUGUUGAUGUUGCAGUCAUGAUGAUUUUGACUCGCCUUGGCAUUCAUAAAUAGUCUGUAUACAUACAUCUUUGAUUUAUGUGAGUGUUAUGUAAGUUAUAGAAAAGUUGAAAAGACUCGAGAGUUCUCAUAAACGUCUCCAAAGUUUGCAUAUGCCAGUGCAAACGCGAAAAACAUCUUUUAUUUCUUUUAUAUAAUAACAAUAAUGGAAAACAGACAAAUUUAAACAAUGGGGU